GAAAUCUCAAUGCAAUCAUGAUCCUCUCUCUGUCGCGUAGUUGAAGGAGCUCUCUCCUCUGAUUACCUUUAUUUAUAUAUCUCUCUCUCUUCUCCUUCUUCUACCUUCUCCUCCCAUUUUUAAUUUUGGUUUUUUUUUUUUUUCUGUUUUGUUGCAUUGCCCUUGUUACGGAACAUGAACACUUCAUCAUCGUUCAUCAAGGCCUUUGCAUCUCCUCCUUUGAUAUCUUCUUCCGGACCAACAAGAAAAUCUUUACAGAACCCAAGAUUCUCUUCCAAACUCCCAAGAUUAUGUCUUAAAACCAUUAGAUGCAUGCGAGAUUCUUCUCUUUCGACUCCAAACGCUACAAGCCCUAGUCUUUCUUUCGCAACGGUUGAAGCUCCCUUGGGGACAAAGACCUCGGACAAGCUUCGUAUCCUCGUAUCUGAGUUUCGGUCCUUAACCGAACCGAUCGACCGAGUCAAACGUCUCUUAAACUACGCGGCUGAUCUAGCCCCACUAGAUGACUCGGCUCGCGUCUCGGCGAACAGAGUCACGGGGUGCACGACUCAGGUUUGGUUGGAGGUAAAGAUGGACGAGUAUGGGAGGAUGAGGUUUAAAGCGGACAGUGAUUCGGAGAUCUCGAAAGGGUUUUGUUCUUGUCUGAUCUGGAUCCUCGAUGGUGCAAAGCCAGAGGAAGUGAUGGGGGUGAGAAGCGAGGACCUGUCGGAGAUGAACGUUGGUGUUCACGGCAAGGAACAGUCAAGGGUCAACACGUGGCAAAAUGUGUUGAUGAGUAUGCAGAAACGGACCAUGACUCUAGUUGCCGCUGACGUGGCGCACCGAGGAGGAGAGAGACCACCGCAUCAUGAUCUCUUAUUUAAAUACGCUAAUGGAAGUUACAUGGAAUCUUCCAAGGUUCAUCAUGAUUACUCCAUUUCGUUGCUCCCCUUGUACUAUGAUUUCACCAUAUGAAUGUGUUUGGUGUUGUUCAUAUGAAUAUUUGUAGUCAAGCCCUAUGGAAACAUAAAUCAAAGUUUGUGUUCUGUCCA